UUUUUGUACACGUGGAUCGAGUCGAGCGAGCAAGCAAUGGAAAAUUUAUAUCGAGAGUGAGUAGCGUUGAACUUGAUGUAAGCUUGUAUCGAGAAAUUUAAUCAGAACAUUAAAGCAAUUCACAACAGUAAUUUAAUUUUCGCCAUUAUUGCUCGACUGUUCUACGGAAAUCAUCUUAACAUGCCUUUGACGUCAGGACAAUACAGUCUUUCCCGCUUGCUGAAUCCUGAUUGGUCAAUUCAAAUUUCAGGUGCGCCGGCCGUAAUUCAAGGUUCUCAGCUUUCGCGCUAGGUCCACUAGGCCUCGAUGUUUCGCCUCGGUCAAUCGUCUUCGCAUCACGAGUUAAAGUGUUGCCGAAGUCAAUUGACCGAGAGACUUGGCAAGUUGUCAGCCACCACUUGUCGCUCUCGAACAGCGGGGUGGCUCUGUAAGCAAGCUACGCUUUUUCUCUAAGAAGCAAGAGACUGGGAGAAAGGGGAGCGAUUUUCCCUCUUAUUUCACCCGUUUCACCAUCAUCCAUUUUAAAUGCGCGGGAGACUAGCUUUCACUUCCGCGCGCAUGCCCUGGAACAGACCUGCUACAGAGUUCAGGGUGGAAAAACGUAUUGCGCAGUUUUCUGCACAUCCCUAGCUCUAUUUGCAGGCUAAGGUAAUAAUUAGGACGGAAAUGGUCGUGUUCGCGCUUCGUGUUCACCUCAGCACAAGCUUAAAACCCCAGUGUGCACGGACAAUUUUCGUAACGCCGCCACGAAUUUUUUUAUGGUGUCCAGUCCACGCGCGCCAUGCAUAGUCUCGCCGAUCACACAACGACCGCACGCAUGGGGAAUGUUGCGUGACAUCCCGUCACUGACGUCAGCGGGAAAUCACCACACAACCGAUUGUCCCGUGCAAAAUGGCGGAAGGUGGGAGAAUUACGCGGCGACCUUCAGGUUUUACCGAGCACUUUUUGAAUGCUGUUGAGGAUGAUUUACAGUGUUCAAUAUGUCAUUUGCCGCUUAAUAAGCCUGUUUUGACAAGAUGCGGUCACAGGUUUUGCAAAGAAUGCCUCGGGGAACAUUUUAGAAGGCAGGGAGAAAGUGGCCAACAUUGCAACUGUCCUACAGACAGAAUAGACUUGGAUCCUGCCCAGGAUGUCUUCCCUGACAAAGCAACAGAAAGGAAGGUUCUUUCUUUUGCCAUCAAAUGUCCAAGUGAGGGUUGUGAAUGGACUGGUGAACUGAGGAAUGAACAGGGUCAUAUGGUAUCUUGUCCUUGCGUACAUGUUCCCUGCACAAACCAAAACUGUGAUGUCACUGUACAAAGGAGAAAUCUUCAACAACACAUCACCUCUAGAUGACAGUGGAGGAUCAUUCAAUGUAAACACUGCAGUGAGCCACAUCCAAAGUGCCGAAUGAGGAAUCAUAUGGGACAGUGUGCCAAGUCCCCAGUACCUUGUCCAAGUAAUUGUGCUCGUUCAAUUCCCAGAGAAAAAAUUUCAAACCACACCACAAACGACUGUCCAUUGUCAUUAAUCUCCUGUCCUUAUGAACAGAUAGGCUGCAAAAGAAAGGUUCAACGACGAGAAAUGAAAUCCCAUCUUGAAUCUGACGUGAAACCCCAUCUUGACUUAGCUUGUGUCAAACUUGAGACCCGUACGUUUAUUUGGAAGAUUGAACACUUCAGUGAAGUUUUGAGGCAAGCAAAGGCCGGGGAGAAAAAUAGAAUAGAAAGUAUUCCAUUCUAUACAGAUAGGACAGAAAGUUAUGGCUACAAGUUAAGGGUAUGGAUUUAUCCCAAUGAUGACAGAGGUAAGGUGAAUACUCACCUCUCCGUGUAUAUUGUUGUAAUGGAAGGUGAAUAUGAUGCUAUAUUACCCUGGCCUUUCAAAAAGAAAGUGAACUUUACACUGAUUGAUCAACAGGAAGAUCCAGUCGAACGGGAAAAUGUUACCAUACAUUUAAUGGCAGGUAAUCACCCAAAAAACUUUGCAAGGCCUAGGAAAAACGACACCAGUAUUGGGUGUGGGUUUUCCGAGUUUGUAACUCACGACAAACUUCAUUCACGGCGCUACAUUGUAGAUGACACUCUGUUUCUUCAGGUUGAGGUCGGACCGUCAUCCAGUUAAAAUCUUCUUGUAACUGCCAUCGUUGAUUUUCAUAGUCUCCUUUCCACCGCUGAUGACACAAAGAAUGUAAAACAGGUCAAAUGGAGAGUAUGGCUAAACGAGUUUCAAAAUAAUUUUAAAUAAAGACGAAUGGAUCAAACGUUCCCAAAAAUUACUCAGAAGGAGUGGUUCAGUUUUCAGCUACCUCGAUCUGGUACGACUAACAGCAGAAUUUUUAUAAUUUGUACUUCAAGUGAAACUAGGUUCAAAGUGUUUCCUAAACAGUCGCCUGUAAUGUUUAGGUUUCUUUCCGGAAAGGAGCAGAAUUUCCCAGAUAAUGUUAGUUAAGCUUCGCGUUCAAAAAAUGGUCAAGUGUUGUUGUUUAUAGUGGUUAAUGCGCUGUUUAUAGUGGUCAAUGCAUUGCGAUAUACUGAGUUGUUUCGUUCCAUUUGUUCAAGGUGUUGCUAAAUAAUUGAUUGAUGGAGAAUACUCCAGAGCUGUUGAUCAUUAAGUGGAGAUUUUGUUUAUCAGAAGAUUAAUUAUAGAUGACAUUGUAAGUUACUAGGGCUAAAGCUACGUUUCAAACUGAGAAUUGUAGAAAUAAAGACAAGAUCUCAAUAAACAUGUUUUAACGCCAA